GUUUUGUGUGCCUCGUUUUCACUCCUGACUCACAUUUUCUAGCAGAGUUCAUUGUGAGCUCGCAGAUCGCGAGGAUGACAGCUCGAGUGUACUGCUUGAGUGCUGUUUUGUUGUGUUUGUCUGCAUGUCUGAGCACAACAGACGCUGGAGUAGCAGCAAAUCCAGAAGAGUGUCCAUGCAAAACCUCUGGAGUGGAAAAGAGUGUAAAGCCUGCCGCUGAGCCGCCCAAGCCUCCUGUGAAGCCUGCCGCCGAGCCGCCCAAGCCUCCUGUGAAGCCUGCCGCCGAGCCACCCCAGCCUCCAGUGUGUGGCGGAAGCUGUCCUCAACCUCCCCAUCAAGGUGAUGGCCACGGCGGACAAGGAGUAGGUCUAGGAGGUUUCCUAGGACACCUCCUAGGAAAAGUCCUUGGACGUGGACACGGUCAUGGGCAUGAUGGUGACGGACACGUCGGAUGUCGGUCAUAGUGUAUUAUCAACAAAUAAAUCCUGUUUAGUGAA